UUAUUUUUUUUCGCUGUACGACCGCACGAAUAUCGGGUGUGCUGUAUUUAUUUAUAGUAUCUGGUAGUACCUGUGUGUAAUCAAAUUGAAAAAGAAAUAUUCAGAUACUUAUAUUAUGCCAUCUUGUGACUUGUUAUCAACACAUUUGCUAAACGGUGCGGACAGCAUGGGUCUUAACUGUUUACGUUAAACUUAAUUAAGGUAGUGUUAAACGUUUAAUGGCGUAUCGUCAUUUACCCGGCUGUGGAAAUGAAAUCAUUUUACGAAUUCAUGACAAUACAAUAUGUUUCCACGACAGCAGAAUAAACAGUACAAGAAUAACAAUGAAACAGAACUGCUAAAAAGAACUUUAACAUGUUUUCCUGUGAAAUCAUAGGCUUUUUGAGAGAAUUGUUUGCACGGAAUCUGUAUUAAACAUGUGCCAAUAAUGUAAUUUGGAUAAUUUACAAAAACUGUACACGCUAUGACUACUUAGUGGUCAGAUUGGAUAAGUUUAUGUGUAUUUGUUUUGAAGUACUCCGGGAUUUGUAUCACGGGCGUUUUCAUCAGCCUGAUCCUCUUCAACCUUAAAACUUGUAUCUCGCCCCUGGAAAUGUUGAUAGGAUGGUUUUGCAAUUGUUGACAUGCGCAGUAUGUUUUAACUACAUAUUUUGUAUAACACUUCCUUGUGAUCAAACCUAUGAAGCCAGAAAUGGUCAUCUGUGUUACCCGUGCAGCCCGGGAUAUUUUCAAGUUUCAGACUGCGUUGUAGAUGGUGAACAAGCAAGGUGUAGACGUUGUGGAAAUGGAGAAUAUCAACCUUAUUGUGAUAACUCUAUAAAGUGUGCUAGCUGUACACUGUUCUGCCUGCCUGGACAAGUCAUAGUUAAGCAAUGUAAUGCAACUAAUAAUAAAGAAUGCCAGUGUAAAGCUGGUUUCUUUUGGAAACCUGAUGCAGCCAAGCCUGAUGAAGCGGAGCCUGGUGCAGUGAAGCCUGAUGAAGGACAUUGCAAGUCACACAGUAAGUGUGGACCAGGAGAGGGAAUGGUUGAAAUAGGCACACCAUAUGAAGAUACCAAAUGUGAACCAUGUAGAGAAGGGGUUUUCUAUUCGGACAAUUCUUCCUUCGACAUCUGUACACCUUGUUCUACAUGCAACACAACAGUAAUCACCAAAUGUACAGCUAUCCAUGAUACAGUUUGCGGCGAUCAGUUUCCACGGCGGCCACCACAAACAAAGAAAUCGUCUAAUCGUAUAGGUGACAGUGCUAUAGCGGGGAUAGUUUGUUCUGUAAUCCUUGUAGUUGUUCUGUUGGUUGUAGCAUUUUUCAUAUACAGGUACAGACGGAAAAAAGCAUUUAACAGAAACACUGAAUCCUGCAACUUCGAUUUAUCAGAAACAAAUACGUACAGAGAAAAUGGUCUUGAAAAUAGUCAUAGUUUAUCACAAACAAACGUCGUUGUUAGCGAAACUGAGACUCCUGAGGAUAUUAUAUCGGCAAAUGAAAAUGACAGUUCUGAUGAGAGUGAGGAAGAUUCAGUGAUGAGCUAUGCAAAUUUACAGCAAAGCCGAGAACAUGGAUGUGGAAAUAAUGCCUUCGAUUCUCAGUCAUGUACCGAAUUUAUGACACAGAAUGAGCCAGACAACAACUUCAAUGCCAUUCAAAAUGCACAAGCAACGAAAUGUUAUCAAUCACCGCAGACAACAGGUGAUUGCUCCGAGAUAAAUAAAAAUCUAGUGAAUGACAAUGAUCUUAACCAGGACCUUAUGGUUUACGAUGUACAAACAAAUUCUACUGAAAGUGGCGAUGAAAACCUAAAGGAAGAAGACAAUGAACAAAUACAAGUUCAAGGCAAAAACGAAUACACUGAAUAUGGGUCAAAGAACACAGAAAGCAACAGUUUACGAUCAGCCAAUGAAAAAACUUUGCCAGCUGGUCCUGUUAAGAAUAUUGACUCACCGUUAGAAGGGAAAAUCACUGCUGGCAAUGAAACGAUCAAGUACGACGAAUCGAAUAUUAACAAUGGUGAACAUACUGAUCUUAGUACAGACGCUGCUGCUGUACUCCCGCGAAGUUCUCUUCAAUAUGAAAUAUCGCAUAGGGAAGGUAUAACGGAAGAAAGCAUGACAGAAGAAAAUAAAUCAGAGGUAGGAAGUCAAAUAGGUGGCGAUUUUGAAGACGAUAGAUUAGAGGAAACCACUCGGUCGGAUGACUGCAGUCGGGAAGACAGAAUGUGGUUUGAAACAAACGCCUUCAUUUCGCGCAACAUGCAAUGGUGUGAUUUUCGUUUAUUUAUCAUGCAGCUUGUAGCAAACACGAAAGAUGAGCUUCUGAAGACUAUACACGUCAUUAUAGAACAUGCACAAGAAGAAAAUAAAUAUUGCAGAAAUAGGAUCUACAGUGUAAUGAACACCUGGAGACAGGCGGCACCAAAAGCAACAGUACAGUGCAUAUUUAAAGCUCUGAAAGAAUGUUCACAGGAGCUUACACGCAAAGAACUUAAAGAAGCGCUCAUACAAAAAGGAUUGUUAGAUAGAAUGAAUUCUCCGUUUCAUUAUAUGGUUGGACAAAAUGAAGAAACUGCUCAAAAAAAUUACUUGUCUCCAGGCGAAGGUUCAGCCCAUAUUCAUAGUGAGAUCAAACAUGAAAUGAACGAGUUGAAAGUUUAGGAAAAACAGAAAUAUAUGUAAUUGCUGAUAAGCAAUGUCCUAUCUAUAACUUUUCGUAUCUUGUCUAGCAGCCAAUCAUUUUUCUUGUACGCCUAUAAUUACUGUUUCCUCAAGAGCCAUUUCAUUAUUAUUUCCUACAAACGAUUAAUGUAAGGCAGCAUCAUCCAUAUUUUGGUCUUUAUGUGCAAAGUAAGAGAGGUAAGGUGCGUUUACAAGUACCACAGAUCUGUUUUAAGGUGGAUAUUGCUCUAACAGUUAGACCAUCAUUUAUCCUUCAUUACAGCUGGAUAGACUUGAUUAACUGACCUGAUAAAAAGAGGUUGAUUGUACCUUCUUGCCAGUGCCAUAGUUGCCAGAGGGCCAUUAUAAAACCAGGUGUGAUGUUAUGGCUAGAAGGCAAACACUGGCCGUGUUAUGUACAUUCUGUUAUUUUUUAUCUUGCUAGUUUCAUUUUUUUCCAUAAACUCUUAAUAUCAUUUGUACUACUUUUUCAUUAAAAUACCAUUAUUUUUUUAGAAUGGAUAUUCAUCCGCCGUAUUGACGUUGUUACAUGUCGACGUCAGAACGCGUGAGGCACUGUAGUCAUUGCCUGAUUUUUUUAAGGUGCUAAUUUUCUAUUUCUGUGUGUAUAAAAAUAUUUUAUGUAAAUAUGUAAUAGCCAGAUAGCAUACUUAGUCAUUUUCAAGGUUUUCAUUGUUUCAUGAUUUUUUUCUUUUAUGCUGUACAUUGACUGAAAGCAUAUAAAUGCAUUCAUGUAAGGUUUGCAAAGUCGAUAAUUUGUCUUUGCGUGCAAGGUCACAUUUAGAGGUAAGAUGCAUUUGCUAUUACCACAGGUCUUCCUGGAGACGGGUAUUGCUAUAUAAUGAACUCAUUACCUAUCUUCUUUUUAUAAUUUGUUUAGAUCUGAAGGUCAUUUACCUUAUUUAUAAAAUGGGGUUAUAUAUCGCUCGGUUGUACAUUCUAGCCACCAUGACAUACAGAGUGCUAUAAUUGUCCUAGGGCCGUUAUGAAAAUAGAUGUUCCAUUAUGGCUAGAAGGCAAACAACAGCCGAUUAUUGACCUUUCUAUUAAGAGCCUUCUCUUCGUUUUUAUCAUGGCAGUUCCAUUUUUUUUCAUAUUUUCUAUAUACUUAUGUGUUUUAAUUUGUUUUUCUGUUUUCAUCCACAAUGCCAUUAAUAUUGGAAAAUUGAUUUGCACCCUUUCACCCGCCGUAAUGAUGUUGCCACACGACGUAGACGUCAGCACCCGCCGGCGUUCGAUUACCCUUGUCCAUUUUGAUUAUGGCGCGCGAGGCACGGUUGUGCAUUAUGGAUCAAUCGAACCUAAUUGUCGACUUUUUUGUUACUUUUUAUAGCAAAAUAUAAUGUCAUAUAUUGUUUACCUGUUGUUUAACUUCGUUAUUCGGAUGUA